AUGGCGGCGCGGCGCGCACGGCCCGUGCGGGUGCUGGUGGACAUGGACGGCGUGCUGGCGGACUUCGAGGCCGGCCUCCUGCGGGGCUUCCGCCGGAGCUUCCCCGGGGAGCCGUACGUGCCGCUGCAGGAGCGCCGCGGCUUCCUCGCCUGCGAGCAGUACCGAGCCCUGCGCCCCGACCUGGCGGAGAAAGUGGCCAGCGUGUAUGAAGCCCCAGGCUUUUUCCUCGACUUGGAGCCCAUCCCUGGAGCCUUGGAAGCCAUGCGGGAGAUGAAUGAUAUGCAGGACACCGAGGUCUUCAUCUGCACCAGCCCUCUGAUGAAGUAUGACCACUGUGUGCGUGAGAAGUACCGCUGGGUGGAGAAGCACCUGGGGCCCCAGUUUGUGAAGCUCAUCAUCUUGACGAGGGACAAGACAGUGGUCUUGGGGGACCUGCUCAUUGAUGACAAGGACACCAUUCAAGGCCAGGAGGAGACCCCAAGCUGGGAGCACAUUUUGUUCACCUGCUGCCACAACCAGCACCUGGCGCUGCCCCCCUCACGGAGGCGGCUGCUCUCCUGGAGUGACAACUGGAAGGAGAUUAUAGACAGCAAGCGGGGAGCCCUGCAGCGGGACUGAACCAGCCUGGUGCUGCUGCAGGAAUAAGGCGAGGGGGGGGCCUUGGCCGUAGACAGUAGCUGAAGGAAGGGAAGGCGGGCCAGCAGGGAACCCGGGCAGAACGGAGCAGCGUCGUGGCAGUGACCCCUCAGCACUGGGCCAGCCACUGGAGCCUCCCGGCAGAGCUGGCAUGGAAACAUGGUGGGGAGAUCAGGAACCUUUUAAUAAAACACUUUGCCUCA